AUGUCCUCCCCCACAGACAAACCAUCGCCUCUUCUCGCCCUCGCGGCCCGUCAGCAACAGCACGUCGUCACCCAAACCAUUCUCCGCCAAGCCACGACCCUCACCACCGUCGUCACCCUUGCCCCCGCCAGCACUGUGCGUCCCGACGCCCACAUCUACGGGGCUCAACCCGGUCUGUCCAGUCUGCAGCUCGGCGCUAUCUUGGGAUCCAUCGCUGCCGUCGCCGUCGUCUUUCUGGCCGGCGGCAUCUGCUGGGCCCAUCGACGGAAGGCACGCGCGGUGCCCGCUGUCGACUACACGUACUAUUACUAUAGCGACACCUACGCUGAGCCUUUGUCUGCAGACAGCCUGUCCUCAAAGCAUCGACCCAAGACGCCGCGUUAUCCGCCCCCAGUAGCUGAGUUCAUCCCAGGCGGCGCCCGCUAUCCGACAUAUAAAGCAAUCCCAAUCAAGAACCCGAGGAAACCGCAAAAUCUUCGGCGUGUCUACACCUGA